CGAGUCAAGAUUACUCAUCUCAACGUGUCGACAUAAAAGGCUAUUGAUUAGACCUGACAGGACGAAAUAUCUUGCCGUGUCGUCAGGUAGUUGUCACUUUAAAGCUUCCGUAUAAGUUUCUGUCUUGGUCUUUUUGUCCUCGAUAUUGGGUUAGCAUUCGAGGGAUAAUUUGGAUCAAGUGAAAAUCCUUCCAUUAUUGGGUAAUCUUCAUAUCAUCACGGUUUCCUUUGCUCACGAUCUUCGCAUCAUGUGGGUGCCAUAAAAGACCAACAAGUUCUUAAUAAAGUUGGCGGAACGCGUGACAAAGGAGUAUACAUCUUCUGCCGAAGUAAGAUUGAAGUCAUCGUGCGCGUUUCUUAAUCUUUCUUGAUUAGCAUCCAAGAAGGAAAAAAAAAUGCAGGAGUGAAAUAGGAAACACCUAGUUCGGAAGCCUUCUCGAAAUCUUAUUAGCAUGAUUAGGAGAAUAUAUUUGAGAGUUUAUGAGCUCUAUCUCUCCAUCCAUCAUUUGAAGUUUGUGAGGUGGUGACGAUGGCGCUUAUAUGUCACGUCUUUGUGCCUAUCAUGGGCAUCAUCUGUCUUUCAGCUAUGGUUUGCCCACAUCGGGUAGAUCUUCCCAGUGGUAGAUUCCAAGUAACCCUCAGAGAGUUCCCCCUCAUCGAACCGCCUAAAGAAGUCAAGAACAGUGAGAGGCAUGACUGGAACAGUGGCGUUCUGGGGAUCUUGGACGUUAGCCCUGGAGAAGAUUCUACAUCGAGUUCUUGGCCAGAAGUAAGCAGGUCAUUCCGUCCGUCUCAAGAUGAUUCUUCAUAUUUUCAAGAUUCCAUUUUUUUCGAGCAACUGCCUUCGUUACCCAAAUACCCCUUUUCACCGAUUCACAUAGAGAGGAGAAGCGAAGCGGGCGCUGUCAAUAGCGGCCGGAUGUACCAAUUGCAGAUGUGUACCGGGGACUAUCUACGCAUCGGGAAUGACGGUGUUGUCUCAAGCGUUACCAGUAGAUUUGAUCUCAAUACUUAUCUGUAUUUUUACCAGUGCCUUGGUCCUUCAGCUUUUCGAAUAAAAGGGGUGAGAAGUCAACGAUUCCUUGCAAUGAAUGACGCGGCAAUGCUUAUAGGAGUACCGGAAGACGAGCGCGAUUCUGAUUGCAGCGAUUGGAAGUCUGUGUGGUUCGAACGCCUCGCUCACUUUCAGCUCCCCCCUCUUAAUGACAUCACACUCCUGACGUAUCACGUGACCUCGCCGGCGAGUGGACUACCGUGGUAUAUCGGCUUUACGAGGAGCAGUCGCCCGAUUGCCUGGAACCGACAGAGUCGCGCCACAAGGCAACAAAUCUGUUUUAUAAAACAGGCUCGAUAACGAAUCUCUUCAUCUGCAUUUAGGCCAGUAUCAUCUCAUGCAAGUAAUUAAGUUUAGAUAGUCUGUAACUUCAAGUCAUAUUAGUAAAUAUAAAUCAGUGAUAUUUUCAAUGGCAUGUUAACCACCUUGAAGUUUAUUUUUGUAUGACAGCAAUCAAUGUUAAAGACAUCGAGAAAAAAAAUCUCUAUAAAUGUUGCAAGGUGUAGGUAUAUAUGAAUAUAUACGAUUUAUUACUACUUGCAUUAAGUGUACUGGCGUGUAGAUGGGGGCUUGGGGCACUUGAACCCCGCCCCAUCCAAUGUUCCUCGAUCAAAACCAAAACAGGGGGAAAAGGAAGAAGAAAUGAA